GAAAAUGGCACUCGCGAUCACGGUGGACUGUAAACAUAUCUACUGUACCCAUUUUAACUGUCUUUAUUAUCCACAACAUGUGCUCGCAUGUGUCCAGAAUGCUGGGUGGUUAUAAGAUGUUUAUUUUCAACUUGCAGGUUGAUUAUUGUGGAGGAGGGAGCAGAGAAACGGCGUCCAGUCGAGAAAUACUAGGCAAUCGCAAGAAUUAUGGACAACAAUGGAGAGGAGAGCUCGGAGGAGGACGUGGCUGAGCUUCGCGUGAAGGUGGAGUCGUUGAAGCAAGAUUUGGAAACCUGCAGAACCGAGCUGGUCAAGUUACAGAAACAACUGACGAACUCGGAACGACUGCAGAAGAACACAGAAAGCUACAACGAAGACCUGAGGAAACAGGUUGACAAAUUGAGCGCCGAGAUUCAUGAACGAAAAAGGAAGGAAAAAGGCAAAACCGAUGCAGAGACUCAAACCGACGAACAGACAUGGACGGAAACUGACUACUACAACUACUACUAUGGAGGUUAUCAAAACACUGAAGGGGCAGAAACCCAGGAGAAUGUUGUGACUGAAACACAGGAAGCUGCUGAAUUUACUGUCGCAGUAAAGACUGAAGUUGAAACCUCCACUGAGACUAUCGUAGAAGUGCCCGUACAACAUGAGGGGGGCGACCAAGCGGCUAAACCGGAGGAGGCGGAUGGAGGCUCCAUAGCCGACAUGCUGAGGGCCACGGCGGAGCAGGCCAUGACCCAGACAGGCUUCAUCUUCGACGAGACCACGGGGAUGUAUUACGACCACAGCACAGGCUUCUACUACGACUCGGUCAGCCAGUUGUACUAUGACAACAACACCGGUAUGUAUUACUACUACGACGCAGAGAGCGGCCGCUAUCAGUUCCAUUCCAGGAUUGAAGUGUCAGCCGCGCAGGCUACGGAGGAGGGCGCUGAGGGCCCCAAGGCCUCACUGAAGAAAGGAAAGAAGUGGAAGACGGCGGGAGAGAAGUCUUUCCGCAAGGACGACAAGGGCCUCCGAGGCGAGGACGCCAGGGCGGAGGACGAGGACGUGGAGUGGGUGGAGCGACGGGCGGCCCAGAGGGGCGCGGCGCCGCACAAGCUGAAGCGACGGUCUCCCGGCUCGGACCCCCCCUCGCGGCGAAGCGCCUCCUCCAAGUCCCGACGGGACGGGAGCUGCGAUCGCUCGGCCAAGAGGAAGAAGCAGACGAACGGCUCGCGCUCGGACGACGCGGCGAGCUCGAAGAAGAAGAAGAAGAAGGCCAAGUCGGAGAAGCACAGCAAGAGCAAGAAGAAGAAGAAGUCGAAGAAGUUGAAGAAGAAGAAGGAACGGAGGGAGGACUCCAGCGGGAGCAGCGAGCCGGAAGAGGGCGAGAUCACCGAGUCGGAAGGGGAAUGGAAGUCCACCCCCUCCUUCUCGUCGUCUUCCUCGUCCUCGACGCCGUCUCCCUCCAGAACGAGCCCAGAGUCGGACGUUGAGAGCCCUGAAGUUGUGGAGGAGGUGUGGCCUCCUUGCGUGAGGGUCACAGUGGUCCGUUCUCCCGUGUUGCAGACGGGGACUCUGUUCAUCAUCACGGCUGACUCUCCAGCCACCAUCGGCAGGGAGAAGGAUGUGGACCACGCUAUUAGAAUACCUGAAAUAGGAGUCAGCAAGUUCCAUGCUGAGGUGUACUUUGACCGGGACCAGCAGUGCUACAUGCUGGUGGACCAGGGAAGCCAGAACGGAACAGUCCUCAACGGCAACCGAAUCCUACAGCCCAAGACCAAGUGUGAGCCGUGCGCCCUGACCCACGGCGACGAGGUGAAGAUGGGCGACACGGUGCUAUCCUUCCACAUCCACUCGGGGACGGACACGUGCGACGGCUGCGAGCCCGGCCAGGUGAUGGCUCACCUGAGCAAGCACCCCAGAGAGGACGCCUCCGCCGCCGCAGGCCCCGCACAGACCAAAGAAGACAAGGAGAUGCUGAGGCAGAAAGAGCUCAAGCAGAUGAAGGUCAAAUACGGCCUGAAAAGUGCUGAGUUCGAAGAGGUCAAGGCUCUGAAGAACCCCAGGUACAAGGACCGCGCCGAGUCGCGACGGCAGACUGUGGGCAGUGACGGGGUCUUCCUACGGGACGACGCCCCCGCGUCAGUGCACGUGGAGAUCGGUGAGGUCAACAAAGGACGGAAGAUGCUGGAAAAGAUGGGCUGGAAGAAGGGCGAGGGUCUGGGAAAAGACGGCGCUGGAAUGAAAGACCCUAUCCAGCUGAAGAUCAGGAAGUCUCAGUCCGGUUUGGGAGCCAGUGCUGCUCUGUCCGUGGAAGAUGCCUCCCUGACCCGAACCAAGACCCAGAGGAACUGGGAAAAGGCCCGGGAGAGAUUCGCAGACACCUGCCAAGCUUCCCCCCAGGUCCUAAAGACAGACAUCUCCAAGUCGGCCAAACCCUGGAUCAAAGUGGAGGAGUUGGAGUGACCUGGGAGGUCAUGAACACUUUUCUUACCUGUCGCAGCCUGUGUGACACUGCCUCAGAGCAGCCUCUCCUGGUGGGGCAGGGCUAGUGCCUCUAGAUGGGUUGGAUGCAGACACACGUCUAAAGAUACAUCGUUUUUGUACAUUUAAGGAUUAACCGGUUGAUUGCGAGUUAUAGACGGCUGUGUGGUCUUUAAUCUCAACGUUUAAUGCAAACUGUGAAAUCAAUGCAGAGUCUACAGUCAUGCCUAAUAAAUGUUCUUUUCCAUUUUGUUUUUUCCAUGUACUUAAAAAAAAAGAGCUUUCAAUCGUGAAAUGAAGUGUUGCCAUACUAGG